AGGGGCAGGGAGCGACUAAUAAAAGCACAUGCCACAUCAAAUCAGGAAAGCAAGUCUGUUAAGAGUAAAGAACUAUCUUCAGUCCGGACCAUAAGAAAACAAGAGUCUCCAGGGCGGUAUAGCUCUCUUAACAUGAUGCCUACAGCUGAAGGCAUGUCACAUAUGAUACCUGCACAUGUUCUGAGGGUGGGGCAGACCAUUCAAGUGGAUUCUGCAGCUCCAGAGGCCAAGACCAGUCACCACCUCUCCAACGCUGCAGCUCUGAGUGUCAAUCAACUCGACAAUGAACUUGACAUUUCUCUGGAGAAUCUCAACCAGCUAAUCCUUGAACUCGAUCCAACUUUUGAACCGGUUCAGAUCCAGAAAAGUCCAACCUCAGAUGAAGAUGUAUCCAGUCCUGUACUGAUCCCAAGAGGCUGCUCAGCCAACAGCUCACCUCGUUCAGUCAUCGCAGUCUCUCCCAGUAUCACCAUCCCAUCUCCAAGUGGUCUGAGCUGCAGUCCCCAGGGGACGGUGGUGUUCUCGGGCUCACCCUCCUCCUCCCUCCCUCCACUCCCCUGUGGUAGCGUUGUCCGCAGAAGCCCCAUCCCGAGACAGGAUGGAGGGGUGACUCAAAACUCCUGGAGCCUCUCGCAGCCGAACCGUAUCAGUGCACUGUCUCUCCUCUCCACGUCCUCAUGCUCCGAUACCAGCUACAUCCUGGGCAGCACCUUGUCUCUGACCAGUGAAGAUGCUGAUUCUUCAGAGUUCAAUAUCACUCCAACUGGGUCUUACAUUGGCCACUCUUCAGAAAUGCUCCUAUCUCCAAAAAACAAACAUUUAACAGGACUCCACUACAAACAAGUCCACAGCAGCCCUGCGUCCCUCUCUGGCUCCUUCACUGACAUCCCUGUCCUUUUGAUCAAUGGAGCACCCCAACCCGAAAUACAGUCAUGCCCCCCAUCUCCAGCACCGCAAAUGUCUUCUUCAAAACCCCCUUCCCCUCACAGUCCUCUUUUCUUUGGAAGCCAACCAACAAUGAAGUUUGUAAUGGACACAUCAAAGUUAUGGUUUCGUCCACAUAUCAGCAGGGCAGAAGCUGAAGCCAUGGUCAAAGACAAGGAGCCAGGAACAUUUGUGAUCCGAGACAGCACGUCCUACAAAGGAAGUUUUGGACUCGCCAUGAAGGUGGAUCAAUCUCCUACGACGUUUGCUGCAUCUGCCUACCCAGGAGAUAAUAUUUCAGAUUUGGUUAGACACUUCCUCAUUGAAUCAUCAGCCAAAGGUGUUCGAAUCAAAGGUGCUUCCCAGGAACCAUACUUUGGAAGUCUACCAGCCUUGGUUUACCAGCACACAAUUUCAGCCUAUGCCCUCCCAUGCAGACUACUGCUCUCUCAAGAGCUGGGUGCAACAGAGAACAAGGCAACAGCAGAGGACAAGAAGAAAACAGCCUCCAACUUUGUCUAUCUGAACGCUGUGCCCACUGAGACGCUGACUGGCCCAUGUGCGGUCCAAAAGGCAGUGACAGUGACUUUUGAGAAGGCCUCUGGCUCCUUCACCCCAGCCAUAGUGAAUUUAAAGGUCUCUCCAAAGGGUGUAACACUCACAGACAUCAACAGGAAGCUUUUCUUCAGGCGCCAUUAUCCUAUUCACCUCCUCAGCUACAGCGGAGAAGAUCCUGACAAUAGACGGUGGAUGAGAGGCUCAAAUUUCGGUGCAAAGAUGUUUGGUUUUGUGGCCAAAGGUGUUGAAGCUGGUAUGGAAAAUAUGUGUCACGUUUUUGCAGAAUAUGACCCUCUGCAGCCCUGCGACAAGAUUGUUCAACAUAUUCAAACUACAAUAACUAAAACAUAAAAAUACUGUACAAUUUUUUUCUGUUUAUGUUUUGACUGAUUUUGCUGUUACACCAGAACCUUGUUUCAGAACAAGAUCUAAUUGAGCAAUUGCUUGUUUACAAUAGCACUAAUAGGCUUAGGGAAAUGCACAUUUUUAUGAUUGUAAAUUAUGGUACCAUAGAAAGG